ACCAACGCGCUGCAUACUCGAUGAUAUUUCUCCUGAAUAUACUUUUCCUUCAAGGGGCUUCAUAAACUUGUUGACUUUCGCUUGUAUUUAAAUUUCCAAAAUAUUUCAUUUCGAGUUAUACUACCCUAGUACCAUCCGGAUGUUUCCUGUGACGAUCAUCUGCUUGCUACUGCUCAUCAUCGGCGCUGUGUCAGCCGACUGUCCUGAUGGCUAUGAAGUCGUCGGGCCCAAGUGCAUCCACCGUUCUACUGGUGGAUAUCUGACGUACGACAACGCGGUCACUUACUGCUACCAGCACUUCGGCAGGCUGCCUGUGCUUAAAGACUGCGUCUCCUUCACUGAUGUCGCCACCUAUGUUAACGAUGGAUACGCCGACGCCACCAACGGCUACUGGUUAGGCGCGACCAACUUGUCGGCUAACAACGUCUGGCAGUGGAGUGACGGAACGGCCGUGCAAAUGGGCGCUCCGUACUGGGCCACCGUGAGUCAAUCCAUGUGUUUUCUGUACAUGACACUUCAUAUUUGCGAAAAGGAAGUUUACCUAUUAUGA